GAUCUCGGAUCGAGGUGAGCGGCGUUUACUGUGUCGUGCGGGCGGUCGUUUACGAAGACUGCGAGCGCGCGCAUGCAAGGUGAAGAAGCCCUUGCUGAGCGUGUACGACAUGUGCGAGGCAGGACAGAUGGUGGUCUUCGACUUCGACUACAACGGCAACGACAGGAGCCCUUCCAUCCACAAGGCGACCGGCGAGAAGACCCCUUUCCAGCUCAGGAGCAGGGUGUGGGAAUUGGAUCUGGAGGUCGUGCCGCACGACCAGGCAGAGAAGAUCGCCACCAAAAUCUUGGACGACCAGAAGCAGCAGUCCACGAAGGUGCAGGAGGAGACCGCGAGGUUGCAGGAUUUGUGCCCUUUCGAGGGGCAGGUCCUGCGGCCGUAAGCCCAACUCCGACGCAGCCGCCCCAGGGGGCGGCAGGGCCCAGCGACGUGAAGGGC